ACAGUCACAAAUCACAAUAAAUAAUAUGUCAAUGUGCGAAUAACAUAACCUAAAUCCAUACAAAAAUAUCAAAAACUAUUGUAAAAAGCGUGUUAUUUUAUUGUGCCUGCGAAUUAGAAUAUUAAAGUCUGUAUAAAAUGGACGAUUUGCAAUUAAAUAUUGUAUCACAUAUAAAAAAGAAACCACCGAAAAAGCCGAAAAAUCAGCAACCUCUACCAGGCACCACCUCAGGUUACAAGUUUAAACCCAAACCCGACUUUAGUGGUAAGAUAAUUGCUAGAAAAAGACCCCAAAAUACAGGUCCAAAUAAGUUUCCAGUGAAAAGAGUUGAGGAACCGCAAAACAAAGUACCCAGACUGUCACAGCCAUCUUUGUCAAAAGACAGCUUGGAUUCAACAUUGAGAGAUCUUAGCGAGAACAAAGGCAAGUUUCACGGCAAGAAUUACCAGGAGAUCAACGAUGAACUACAGAUAAAUCAGAAACCACGUAGCGGGCCCUGGAUAUCGUCUUUAUUCAAAAACAAUCCUGAUGUACCUAAAUUAGGACAGAAGGCUGUUAAACCAUUAAUCGAGAAGGUGUUUGCCGGGAAGACAUUUUCAAAUUUAAAUAUUCACCCACACAGUGUUGCAAAUUUGGAGAAAAACCUUAACCUAAAGGAGUUGAUGACAGUGCAACAAAAAGCUAUACCAAUAAUUUUAGAAGGCAGAGAUACUUUGAUCAGAUCACAAACAGGCUCUGGCAAGACUUUAGCAUAUGCUCUACCAGUUAUUGAGGCAUUGCAGGCAAUAAGGCCAAAAAUAAACAGGCAUGAUGGUGUAAGAGUUAUUGUUGUGGUACCCACCCGAGAGCUAGCUGUGCAGACUUUUGACCUGUUUGUGAAACUUGUUAAGCCCUUUAUAUGGAUUGUACCUGGCCUACUGAGUGGAGGUACAAAGAGAAAAGCUGAGAAAUCAAGGUUACGGAAGGGGCUCAGUAUAUUGGUUGGUACUCCCGGCCGAAUUAAUGACCAUCUCAGGCAUACACAUUCAUUAAAUUUCUCUAAAACUGGAUGUCUGAUACUAGAUGAAGCUGAUAGAUUAUUAGACAUGGGCUAUGAAAAAGAUGUAGCUGCUAUUGUGAAAGCUAUUGAAGACCAUAAAAAAGCAGCCACCUAUGACCCUAUUGCACUUGUUAAACAGACUUUUAACACACAAAAACUUGAUAAUAGUGGUAAUAAAGAUCAAGAAAUUGAUGAUGCUGGACCACAACAAGAAUCUACUAAUGUAUAUCCUUUGACAAAAGUAUUUCUGUCUACAGAAAGACAAACUAUACUUCUCUCUGCUACAUUAACUAAGGCUGUAGAAAAUUUAGCUGGAAUAACUAUGCAGGAUCCUGUAUUUGUAGAUACAUCUGAUGGCAAAACAGUAGUCGCUGAUUCAAUAAAACAGAACAAACCGAUUGAAAAUGUUCAACCCAACGGUGAAAGUCCUAUGAAAACAAUAACCAAACAGAAUGUUAGUAGUGAACUAAAGGAGACUAGUAAUAGUAAAAAAGAAAUUGUAAAUAAUGCUGAUGAUGACAGUGACUCUGAUUAUGAAUAUUUUAAAGUACAAAAAGAAUUAGAUACUAAAAAUAUAGAUGUAAAAAAGAAUGAAGACGAAAAUACAAAUGAAGAAAAGCAUAUUAAUGAAAGUAAAAAUACUUUUGUACAAGCCAUUAAAACCGCAAUCGGAGAGGAUGAAUUGGUCUUGCCAGCAACAGUUAAUCAGACAUUCCUUAUCGUACCAAUGAAACUUAGAUUGGUAACACUAUGUUCUCUUAUUAUUGAACAUUGUGUACUAAAUAAAGCUCAGCACGGUAAAAUGAUUGUUUUCAUGGGAACUCAUGAAAUGGUUGACUUUCACACAGAAUUAAUAGAGAAAGUCUUAACUGGCAAAAACGGAAGAUCUAAGAAGAUCAACAAAAAAUAUAAAGAAAAAAAGAAAAGUGAAAAUAUGGAUUCAGAAGAUUCUGAAUCAGAAUUGGAGGUGGACUAUGAAGGGUCGGUUGAAGGCGGUGUAGUGCCACAGGAGCUAGAUGUGUUUAGCUUACACGGUAACAUGGAUCAUGAGAAACGAGUGUUAACAUUCAAACAGUUCUGUGCUGCUAAGAAAGGGUUACUUUUUUGUACGGAUGUGGCUGCUAGAGGUUUAGACGUGCAUAAAGUAGACUUGGUGCUGCAAUAUUGCACCCCGGCUUCUGCAACUGACUACGUUCAUAGGGUGGGGCGGACAGGUCGCGCAGCACAGGUAGGCGCGGCCGUGUUGCUCCUUCUACCGAGUGAGACAGAGUUUGUAAGGCAUUUGGAACAAAAACGUAUAAGGUUGCGCCAAUCGGACGAGUCUCAAGCUUUGGACGCGUUGCGGAGCGUCGUGCCCACCGCGCCCACGAGACAACGGGCGGCAAUCGCCUUGCAGGCUAAACUGGAGUAUACGGUACACAGCUCCAAGGAGUGGCUGACUAUGGCUAGCAGAGCCUUCACAUCAUGGGUGCGUUUCUACUCCGGCUGUCCGCGCGAGGCGCGCGAGUGGAUGGACGCGCGACAACUGCACCUGGGCCACGCCGCUAAAGCCUUCGCGCUGAGAGAAACCCCUGCCGCCGUGGCCCGACGCGCCAGAUCUGACCCGAAGCUCCAGAAGGACAGACCUAACAAUCGAUUGACUGUUCAUGAUGAGGAAGAGAAGAAACGACCUGGUUUUCCAAAAAUGAAAGUGGGGGUAUUUGCACACAAAAUAGUGAACAAACAAAGCUCGAUGCACACGGCGAGCGAAUUCGACAGCGGGUUGCCUCCAGUCGACACAUACACCAGGAAGAUCAAAAAGAAUAAAUAAAACUUGAAAAUUAUUAUCUAUAUAGUAACUUAACCACUUUAUUAACUUAAUGGUUAUAUUUACCAAAAUUUUAUUUUUUGAUUCAAUUGUAAUUAGCGAGAUGAUAGUGGUCUCACUGUUCUUUCCAUUUUGUUUAUUUUUCUUUCGAACCUAAUCAAAUUACCUAAGUAGUUUUGUAAGUAAAUUAAGUAGUUAAGUAAGUGGGCUUACUAAAUGUAUUUUUUUACAUAGUACAUUUUUUUACAUAGUAGUGUAAAUAAAGUUUUACAUAGUACCUAUAAUGAUU